AGCAAUGUUUUUCCGUACUGCAUUCCUAGCUGCUCUUUUGGCGCUGAUCUGUGCCACCCAUGUGGCUGUGGGAUUAGGGAUAACAGUGCCGGGCACAAAGUGGUGUGGACCUGGAAACAUAGCCACCAACUACGACGAUCUGGGCACUGAGCGGGAAACGGAUAUGUGCUGUCGGGCGCACGACAACUGUAAGGAGAAGAUUCCGCCGCAAGAGGAGGCCUACGGUCUGAAGAACGACGGAAUUUUUCCCAUAUUCUCCUGCGCCUGCGAGUCCGCCUUCCGGAGCUGUCUCACCGCCCUGGGCAACGGACACUCCCUGGCUCUUGGCAAGAUCUACUUCAACACCAAGGAAGUUUGCUUCGGCUAUGGACACCCCCUCGUUUCCUGCCGGGAGAAUCAGGCGGAUUUCUUCGAGAGGCGAUGUCUCAGCUACCGAGUGGACGAAGGUCAAACGCAGCGCUGGCAGUUCUACGACUUGGCUUUCUACACACAUGUCAGCGGCAGCGAGGAGGAGUCCCGGGAUUGAACUUCGACAUUCGCCGGCGAUAAGCCUUCGUUUGUUUACAAAGCAGAUUGUACUUAAAUCGAAACUGAAUGAAUCACUUUGUAAAAUAAACUAAACAGCAUGAACUAAA